CGCGAACCAGUAAGGACGUUGUACAAUUGCAAUUGUUUGGCCCAAUAAUUUGAGCUAGAAGAUGAAUAAAUUUCUUACGAACCUGCUUGUUGCACUGAUAUUGCUGGUGAACUUGACACUAGCGCUGCCUCCCAAAAAUGUACCGAAUGCGCACAAUCGAACGAAACGUAGUUUUUUAUCCUCAUUCUUCUGGAGAACUACAACUGAUCUACCAGCGACCGAAACAAACAACAUCAUAGAGUCGAUUGAAAAUCCGCAAACAAUCUAUGCCAUACCUAAACCAGCCAACUCAAAUAUUCCUCCAUCAUUUGCACCUGUCUUACCUGUACAAUAUUUUAUUUCUCCUACCGGGCAGCAUUUCAUUGCUGUGAAGCCUGUUAGCAUUUCGGGAGCAAACUGGUUGACGGAUAAUUUGAUUGAGAAACCCAAAUCACAGACACCGUCGGAUAAGCCAUUGGACCUAAGUCCUAACGAGGUUUCCGAACUGAAUCAACUGGCGCGAAUGAUUGGAGUGAAAGACCACCACGAUUUGCCUCCACUAGAAGAUGUCAUGACAUUGCUGGGGACAACAUCGAAAAGCGAAACUAUUAAAGCAAUUCGGGAUUACGCAUCCACUCCAGGUGGAUUGGAGUUGAUUAAAGACUAUGUUAUGAGCUAUCAGCCUAUUAGAAGGAUGGACUUUGGUGAAAAAGAACAGUCGAAUAACGCCAUAAAUACAGAUUUAUAUGAAGGUAAAGCCAUGAAUACGAACACGUACCCUCCAAUCGGUUAUGUACAAAUAAAUAAAGAACAACUUAACGAUCAGUCCAACACCACAACACCUGCCCCAAGCACAGGAUUUUUCGCUGGCCUCCGUUCGUUUUUCACGUUUGGUUCGUCUACCGACGAAAUCAAAGACAGUGAAGAACCAUCCAAACCUUCGUACACCGCUGCACCUACUGGUUACAUACCUACAAUCGGGUCGAACUAUAUUCCGCACUUUAUCAUCCCACUGCAGCCGCUGGUAGGCCACGAGCAUUAUCAAAACUUCGUACAGCCAGACUUUCAAGGAUACCCGGUUGUUCCCGCCAUUCAGGAUAUGAAUCCGUUCGUGCUGAAGCCAUACACCCCGCAAUAUGUGAGCAGUACCACAUCUCCACUAGAACCGAAAGAUUCGCAACGUAACGAAGCGCACAUUUAUCUCGAGGACGCACAUAAGCAGGAUAUGCAAGCUAAAUCCAGCAUCGUUGAGCAACAUCCUGUCCGAGCUUCACAGCCAGCGGAAUCAACUGGCCAAACCCAUAAGGGCAGGCUGGAUGAAGCAGAUUUAUUAAUUGCUGUGCCGCCAUCCAUACAGGAUCGUUCCGACACAGGCAGCACUGAAAGUACUACCACAAACACUGCGACAGAGAGUGCAACGACGGUUGCACUAAUAGAGGUCACAACACCGAUUGUAAAGGACAAUUAAAUCGCAUUGUGUCAAGACUGUAGCAUUUAUAUGUACAAUCUUAAACAUUCGCAAUAAUAUUUAGUCCAAUUUAUUCUGAAUGAAUUGUUAUGAUAAUUCCUUUCUUAUUUA